AUGGCGGCUAUUGGCGGUCAGUCCGGCGGAGCGAGUUUACCAGACGCCUGGAACGACGAUGAUUGGGGAACUGGCCAGAAACCAGCUACCUCUGAACCCAUAGAUCAGCUUGAAGCAACGAAAAAACCCUCUCCACCUUCUUCUGGGAACCCUCCGAUAAUUCUCGCAAAGAAGCCUGCCUCGAGUCCAAACCCAGGAUCCGCUGAUGACCUCUCUACCCAUAUGCAGAAUAUGCAAAUUUGGAAUGCUGCUAAUGAAGGCGGUUCCUUCGAGGUCGUUGCGGCAGUCCCCCAAUCCGGGAAGACAUUGUAUCGACCUGAACUCAAGAUUCUGAAGCGAGCGGCGAAUACAAACUCGCCCGAACGUGAUCCCAACAAGGCCGGAAGCCGUACUCCUAAAAGUGAUGGGGGUUCCGACGGAGAAGUGAAGAAGGAGACCCCUCAGGAGAAGAUGGAACGGGAGAGGAAAGAGAAAGAAGAGCGCUAUGCGAAAGCGCGGGAGAGGUUGUUCGGGCCUGAUACUUCUGGAAGCGGAGGCGGGGACUCCAUGGAGAAGAACCCUUCUUCAAAUGGAAAAAACAGUGGAACUGCAACCCCGUCUGGUGUUAAGACUACCGGCCAGCAAAACAAAAAUAUACCUUCGCGCAAAACAUCGCCAUCUUCAAGGCAACGAAGAAGGGAAAGGGUAGACGAUGACUUUGUUCCUCGAAGCGCAAUGGUUGCCGGAACCGUCGAGAGCUAUCAACUAGAUCAACAACUACAAGCAGAGGCUCAUAUGAGGGAAAUACAGUCGAGAACGACCCAUUUCCAAUCAAAUGUCCCUCAGCCUCCAUAUAUGGGCUACCAGACGCAAUAUACAAGCCCUCCCCCAGGCCCUGCGAAUUUUAAUUACAAUAACCAGUCCGGAUUCCCACCACUGCCUCAGCAACAGCAACAACCAUCCUUCAAUGGAGGUCAGGGUGGGAACUUUCCACCGAGACCUUCUCAUGUGGGGGCAUCAUCGUGGAACAACAGCUUUUCUUCCCCCCCGAUGCAACCUCCCCCCCCUCACCAGUUCAACCAAUUUCAAAACCAAAACCAGCUUCCCUACCAAGUUCAGCAGCACCAGGUAUCACCUCCAAACUUUCAACCCCCAUACUCACCCCCCUUCCAUCAGCAGGGGGCGCCUGCGAAUAUGCCGAACCAGGUUUUACCGCUACCCCAGAAUCUCUAUGACCCAAGUUACAGCCAAAAACCGGGGCAUCCGCAGUUUUUCAACCAAAAUGCCAGUAACGGGCCAUCCGUGCAGUUUCCUAUGCGGGAGCCAAAGGUACCCGAUGGCACAGGCCACAGGGGCUCUGGGUUUACCGGGCGUGGAGGUAGCCACGUUAUGGGACUCGGUUCUAUGACACACCACCCACCCGUCCCGCAAGGCAGGGGCUUCCCUAACCCGAUGUUCGCCGGGAACAACCAACAAAACCCACACGGUGGCCCAGGCGCCGGCUUCAAUAGUCCCGCGGCCGCAGCCCCUUGGGGUGUUACUAAUCCCAUAGGAAGCCAGCAACCCGGUCAGAUCUGGGGAAGCGUACCCAACGGGAAUAGCAUGAAUGGUAACCAGGGCUAUUCAGGACAACAGCCACCGCUUAUGGGCUCUUCAUACUCUGGACUUGGGCAGAACAAUGUCUGGGCCAAUCCAGGAACAUGGAACACCGCCGGCGGACAAGGCUCAGGAAGAGGGAAACGGUAG